GUCAUAAACAACCAAAAGAGAAAGCUCCAAUCUGUUUCACUUUGAUUGUCAAAUCAAAUCACACUAAAAAAUCUUCUCUAUUUGUUUUCGAUUCUUCUUCACGCUCAGGUCUCUUUCGAUUCGUUGAUUAAUUCUAUUUUUCCAUCACUGGGUUUUCCUCCCGUCUUCUCAGAAAAACGAUCGGAGAAUCCAGUCGAUUAGUAAUCUGAGGUCUUUUUUUUGGUUGCCGUCUCUGUUCCGAUGACUUAUUUCGAGGAGGACGAUACGGUUUCUGAGCUGCGAGUGAGAGUUGAAGAAGACGAAAUUGAGAAAUCAGGGCAUUAUGCUAAACUCAGUGACGAGUUUGAAGAACAGGGGCGACAAGAAGCAGAACAGGAAGAGGAAGAAGAUUCAUCUCCGUGUUCUUCUUCUUCUUGUGGUCGGAAAAGAUCUGUUUGGUUCUGGAUCAAGCUUGCUCUUUUAUUCACGUUUCUAGCUGCUUUGGCACUCGUUGCUUACAAAUGGAUCGCUCCUUUAAUCAUGGAUAAGGAGCUUAUCCCUCUCAUAAAAUGGGAGAUGAGGACAUUUACACACCCUGUUCUCGGUCUUUUUGUUUUCGCAUCUGUCGCACUAUUCCCUAUAAUACUUCUUCCGUCUACACCGUCAAUGUGGGUGGCUGGGAUCACAUUUGGUUAUGUCUAUGGCUUCCUCCUCACUUUUCCAGCUAUAGCUAUUGGUGUGUCUCUUCCUUAUUUCAUCAGCUAUCUCUUCUGCCACAAAAUCCAAGGUUGGUUAGAAAGAUAUCCGGAUCAAGCUGCAAUGUUGAGAGCUGCUGGUGGAGGUAACUGGUUUCACCAGUUUCGAGCUGUAACCUUAAUCCGGAUUUCACCGUUCCCUUACGUUGUUUAUAACUACUGCGCUGUUGCUACUCGUGUAAAGUACGGUCCUUACAUCGCAGGCUCUAUCUUAGGCAUGGUGCCAGAGAACUUUGUCGCAAUCUAUACAGGGAUUCUUAUAAGGAAAUUGGCAGAUGCAUCAACUGAGGAACAAAAGGGAAUGUCGAUUCUUCAGAUUGUCCUCAACAUUCUUGGUUUUGUAGCAACUGUUUUGACAACUGUUCUCAUCAUGAAGUAUGCAAAAAGACAGCUCGAAGUUAUGAAGAAGGAAGAGGAAGCUUUGUUGCUGCAGUAAUUGCAACGACCUCGGAAGCUUUUGUGUCUGCUUCUUCCCAAAGUACAGGUUCAUUACAAGAUGUGAAAGAACUCUGGGUUUUUGGUUUUUGGUCACUGGGUUCUUCAACUUCUGUCUUUCUUUUUUUUUCUGCUAAGAAAAGAAAGGGUUAAAAAAGAAAGAUAAUAAUAUGACUACAAGCACAGAAAUUUUUAACUUACUAACACCAUCUAAUCUUAUUCAUGUUCUGUUUUUUGUUUUUGUAUGUUUAAAAGAAAAAUACAAUGACAAUAACUCAUAUAUUGUUAUUAAUGUGGUAUAUAUAAUAAAGUUAAAACAA